GUUACUAUAUAACCCAAUCCAACCCGUCAUCCCAUCCCAUCAGUGAAAAGAAUGUCCCCUUCUUCAUGUACAGCAUUGCACAACAUUAAUGCCUCUCUCUCUCCAAUAUGCCUCCCCUCAACCCUACCCUCACAACAACUUCAACCUCAUCCACCCUCCCCCCUCCCUCCUCCAUCACACUGAACCACAACCACCCCUCCACCUCCACCUCCCAUCCCGAUAAGCACCUCACCCCAAAGAAGAAUCCCACUCUCCUCCGCCGCAAAUCCACCAUCCACCACCUCCGCCACUGGCUCUCGCAACACCUUCCCAACCCUUCUUCUCCAUCCCCAUCCCCAUCCCACCCCCCGAAACUCCUUUCCCGCUCCAAAUCCCUAAGAAAACCAACCUACCAUCGCUCCCCUUCGCCUCCUCUCCAAUCCCAGAACCCCCAAAAGCUACCACACAGCAAACCCAAACCCGAAACCGAAACCGACACCGACACCUUCUCUACAAGCAUCUCGACCAGCAGCUCAAGGUCAUCCUCCCCGACCCCGUCCACGAAACACCUGAAUGCAGAGUAUGAGGCGUACUGCCGGGCGUUUUCGUCGGGGUUGACGGCCGAGAGCUACGCCUACACUAAUGGAUCUGCCCCGGUGAGGUAUGGAGACAGUCGAGGGGAUCAGGAUCAGGAUCAGGAUCAGGAUCAGCAUUACCUCAAUGCAGAAGCUGCUGCUGCUGCACGCGCAGCAAAAGCAAAUCCAGGCCUAGAGCCCACCACAACCACAACCACAACCAGCACGGAGAAACAAACCCACCUCCACGCGCGAACAGGGUCACCGGGCAGAAGUGCGGACGCAGACACGAACACGGAGACUGCAUACGAAAACGCAAACGCAAACGCAAACGCAAACGCAAAAGCAGCCCAGAUCCCAAUCCCUGCUUACAGCAACAGCCACCACCAACCACACGGGGAAGUUGCAGCAGCAGCAGCGCAGCCCAUCCGCUCCACCACAACCACAACCAGAACCAAAAGAAAACGACCAUGGCGAAUCGACGAGAUCCGUCGACCGGAGGACGUGCGGAUGUUGUCGGGGGGGUAUCAGCACCAUCACCAUCACCACCACCACCACCACUACCACCAAAACCAAGACCACGACCAAGACCCCCGGGCUCAUCACCCGCAGGAUCGACACGAUCGUCAGGACUAUAGGGAUAGGGAUAGCGAUAGCGAUAGCGAUGCUGAGCCCGAGGGAGAGCCCGAGGGAGUAGAUCAUCCUCCCCACGAUACCACCACCACCGCCACCACCACCACCACCAACAUAACCCCGAAGAACCAUAACCACACCGGUACCCACAUCAAUAAUGCCGAUCAAAGAAAAGACAUAGAAAUGUCCUACAGCCACAACAACAACCACAACAACAGCCACCAAAACCCAGAGACCAACAACGAAACGAAUACCCUCAGUGCCAACCCUCGCCCUCAUAUCACCACCGCAACUACCACCGCUACUAAUACAAACAUCACUAACGAAACCACCACCACGACAAAACCAACCCCAGAAGAACCCCUAGAACCAGCAGCACCCAUCUUCCCCGCCACAACAAUCCACCCAACCAACCCGACCACUCAAACCCAGGAAAUCCUGCACUGGCUACGACACCGCUCCUCCCUCGACUCCCUCGACAGACAAGGCCAAGGCUUCGAGCAGCAUCGCUACCUCCACGAAGGAGUCGACACAGACACCGACGCAGACACCGACGCAGACACCGACGCAGAUACACACACACAUGCAGAGACACAUGCUGCCGCUGCCCCUGCCGCUGCCCCUGCCCACUGGCACCUCCGUUCCCCCCGCUUCUCCCCGCCGCUCCGCGUCCUCACCCCGGCACGAUAUGAACAGCUCCGCAAACACACUACACAAAAACAACCACCCCGAAAACAUUGGUGGGGGGCGGUGCAGAGCUAUUGGGCGCGAAUGCGGCCACGAAGCGAGGCGGCCAGGCGGGAGGCGAAGAGGGAAAAGCAGGAGGCCGACUGGUAAGAGACAGGAAAAAACCUACGGUGCAAUUUAGGCCUUACAACCUCUGGCGUUGUCGUUGUGUGUCACCCGCACGGCAAACAAGAAAAAAAAACAAAAAAAAAGUCCAAUCCAGUCGGGAAUGAAAUCGCCAGGUGUGGAUGGCUUUUUUGCCUGCUGCUUUUUCCUGUGUAACCACACUUACACGUCCAAUGGGAUCCCCUGGAGAGGGGCAUUGUAGAACAACGAGAGUCACAAGAAAGAAAGCGGAGAACAGGGGUAUCCUGAGUAUUCUAUUACAUACAGCCUAGGCCAAUACAACAAUAAUGAAAAUUCCUCUUCGGG